AUGGCACACCAAAGUCCAACAGGCAGCAGUACACUACGACGAGGCCCACAACUCGUAAACCUCCCCGCCGACAUCCUCCGCACCAUCCUCGACCUCCUCGACGUCGACGUCUACUGGGGCCCCGACCGCCGCACCCUCCGCGCACUCUCCCUCACAUCCAAAGCACUCACCGCGCACGCCCAAAGACUGCUCUUCCGCUCCCCGUUCUUCACGCUCGACCUGUACCGGCACAUUACCAGGAUUAUCGUCGACGAAAACAACCGCGUCGUCGGGCUAGAAGGUUCAUUGGGCCCCACGGAGGAGGAGCCGCUGACCAAGUUUACUAGAGCAUUGAAGCGGAAUCCGGCACUGGGGCUGUAUGUGAGAUCUUUCAAGUUAAGCAUCCGACCUCCCCGCACCCACGACUAUGACCAAGUGGACCCCGGUCGCAAACACAGACGUCCCGAUUCCCCAGACUCGGAAGACUCGGACGAUUCAGAUGACCUUCCAGUGAAGAACGACGACGACCACCACCACCGCGUCCGCCGCCCCUGGCACCAAAAACUCGUCGAAAAGGAGUUUUACUCCUUCCUCCCCCUAUUUACCCGCCUGCAGCACCUCCACAUCGUGGUACAGAGACACCACUUGGACAACUUGGACCCUCCACCCUACUCCGUGGCCCGCGUUUUGGAGCUGUUAUCGUCCUCGGACAGGCUCGAGUCGCUCCAUCUGGAGUCAACCCGUCUCGAUCUCCCAUUCUCGCCCACCGCCUCGCUACCACCGAACACAAUCCCAGCUUUAUCCCGCUUGAAGCGGUUGGUACUCGACAACUGCGAAUGGGACUCCCCUCGGAGUCCGAGUCCGAGUUCCGAACGAUCAAGCCCGCCGGCGCCUACUGGCACUGACAUGUCGACUGCCUCAGGAGGUUCAUGCCAACCUGAACACCCACCUCUACACCUGGAACACCUCACCAUCUACGGCCCUCGAACGAGCAGUCUACAGCCCAUCGCCGCCCUCCAAGCGCCCAACACCCUACGCGAAUUCCACCUCUGCACAAACCGCAACAUGUCAAUGGACUACAAAUCUCUCUACAGGUUCGAUCGCACUGGCAGUUCUACUACUGAAUCCACGUCACCGUCGUCCUCGUCGGAAGUCGUUCCUUUACGUGUGUUGUUGAAGAAAUCGUCCAAGUCGUUGGAAAAGUUUAUGUUUAGCUAUCCCCCGGGGUGGGGCUAUGGAUACCCAACACUCCAAACCUCCCUCUUCGCCUCAACCUCCACCUCCCUCUUCACCUCCCUCACAACACUCACAACAUUCACAUUCCGCAUCAACUCAUCCGACUUGUUCGACUGGAGACGGUACCCAUCUCCAACAUUUGCAAGUUCUGAAGAUUUGUCUGAUGAAGAGUCGUCCCCUCCUGAACAUCCGUAUUCUAGUUCUAAUUCUAUUUCUAUUUCUAAUUCUUCUUCGCCUCCUGCUCCUUCAACCAGCUCCAACUCCAACCACCACCGCCGCCGCCGCCGCCGCCGCCCCCUCCCAAACCACGAAACACUCCACUCCAAAUUCGCAUUCUCACUCCUAACCUCCCCAACCUCAGCCCUCUCCUCAGCACCAAACCUCACCCUCCUCCAAAUCGACCUAUUCGGCAACCAAACCCUAGACGACUUUCAAAGCCAUAGUCCACAUUGGCAAGUCGUCAGCAGACACUUGAUGGAUGAGUGUGAUUAUGCCAACUGCCAAUGCCACUCUCCGGCAAUGGGAAGCAGGUUCGAGUCGUUGCAAACUAUCCUCAUCCGCGUGUCAAUCUCGGAGAGGGGAAUGCGGAGCAGCGAAGAAUCCUUAACCAAGUGGAUGAAGGACGGUCCCUUUUCAGGACUCAAGGAGAAAAGGGGAAUAGACGUCCAAGUUCAGAACGUCAAUGAUUGGAUGUACAGAUCUAGUUAUCCCCACUAUGAUGAAUGA